GAAUAAAAUUUAUUUCGUUUGGUUUUUAUUUGAAUAACGUUUUAUACGAUUUUAAAUUUUUUAUUAUUAUUCAAAAUAUAUAUACAUACGUCUUAGUAUAAACACUAAGUUUAACAUAUUUAAAAUGUUUCGAACAAAAACGUCAACUCUUCUAUCGCAUUCAUUACGCCAUCAUAAUCAUGUGCUAAUAGUUCACGUACGAACAAAAAAAACACAUUGGUCUUUAAUCAAGAAGAAAAUUCAUCCAAAAGAUAAGGCUUUAGAACAUUUUGAUGAUUUUUACGGUUCAGUUUUUGGAAAAAAAUGGAAGUCAUUACGAUUAGCACUGUUGUCACCACACAAAUAUAUAGCUGUUGUUAAUAAUUUUGGUGAUUCUGAAAAAGUUUCUCAAGAGUUAGAGUGGUUGGGAGCAAUGAAUAUCAGAAAAGUAGUAGAAGCCAAUCUGCAAAAGGCCAAAGAAUUAACUGAUGAAAAUAAUAUUCAAGAAUUAGAUAAAAAAAUUAAAAAACUUUUGUUAAGUGAUGAAAAUAAAAGUGAUACAAAAAAAGAAAAUGUAGAAUAUGUGGAAAAAGCAUCACUUCAUGAAAGUUUAUUAGAAGCAGAACAUGAUGAAAGUAGAUUAAUUGAUCCUGAAGCAAAUUCUAAUAUUGGAGGGUUAUAUCAAUUUAUCCCGGCUACUGAACUUCAUGGCAAGAGUGAAUGGAUUCCAGAAUCCCAACAUUACCAAUACUAUGAAGAAAAUUCUGAUUUCCCAAUUAAUAUAUUAAAUGAAGAAAGUCCUCUUAACAUCCCAUCUCAAUUACAAGUGUUUACAUUUGAUCGAGGUGAUUUUUCUCCAUUUCCACAUCCUAGAUCUGGAGCUAGUAAAGUCAGUGAUUAUUAUUUGAUGGACGGAGGUUCAAUUUUACCUGUGUUCGCUCUAGAUUUAAAACUUGGCGACAGAGUAUUAGAUAUGUGUUCAGCUCCAGGUGGUAAAGCAUUAGCAACACUACAAACAUUAUUACCAGAAUCAUUGGUAUGCAAUGAUAUUCAAGAAUCCAGAAUUAAAAAAAUACAUAAUGUUAUGUCUGAAUAUAUUUCUGACUAUCAAAGUUGGGGCUCACGUCUUAUGUUUACACAAAUUAAUGCACGACACAUUAAUGAACCUGAUGUAUACAAUAAAAUAUUAGUAGAUGUUCCAUGCACAAAUGAUCGUCACAUUGAAAAUGAUGAAAAUAACAUGUUCAAACCUACUCGUGCUAAGGAACGCUUACAAUUGCCUGAAAUACAAGCUGAUAUUUUAAAAACUGCUUUAAUGAACAUUUCCGUGGGCGGUACAGUAGUUUAUUCAACCUGUUCCUUAUCACCCAUUCAAAAUGACGGUGUUGUCAAAAUGGCUUUGAAGAAAAUAUGGGAAGAAACAAAUCAUCAAAUUGUUGUUAAAGACUUGACAAAGCAAUUUGAACCUCUGAAGUCGUUGUACUCAUUUGGAAAAGGGUUGAAAUUUGGUCAAAUGGUGAUGCCGUUUUUACCACUUAACUAUGGGCCAUUAUAUUUAUGUAAAUUAGUUAGAGUAAAAUAGUUGUUGACGUAUUUAUGUAUUGUUUAAUUUAAUGUCCUAUAAAUAUAUUGAUUUGUUAAAAAAAAAUUAAUUUUGUAAAAAUUAUAGUACACUUUAAUACUAAAAUGA